GUAUAAGAGAGGAUUUAAAGAAAUUAUAUUGUUGAAUUCAUUUAUUUCAAUAAUGCAUUCAUUUUAUCGACAGGACGAAACUAGCUCUCCAUACUCCCCAAUAAUUUGUAUUUAAAUUUAAACAGUAAUAUAAUUAAGUAAAGAAUUUCAUCUUUUUUAAGCUAGCAACUUUUCCUACUCCAUACAUUUUACUAACAUAAAAAACGAAAUAUCUCUGUGCGUCAUAAAAGAAUUGAAUACAUAACAUGUGUUAAUAAGGGCGCAAUUAAUACAGACUUCGCUACGUGGAAGUAGAGGCUGGCUGAAGCUCUCCUUGGAAACCUCCACCAGUUGCAGUUGGUCGGCUUGUUGGCCAAUUGACUUUUCGGGCUGCCAUGGCGAGGUGGCAUUGCCAUAGUUCCGCUUGUUCCAUUUAUCGAACAGCAGCGGAAAUGUCGAAACACUCCAAGUAGUCCAGAAUUCUGCUGCGUGGCGUUAACUGCCACAGAAUUGCUUUUGGCUUCGAGACAAAUGUAACCACAACGAUUUGGCAAAAGGAAUUGGCAAAGCAAAAUUUCAUUUUGGAAUAAGCAAAAGCGUGCGAAAUUAUCCGUAAUUAUGAUACGAUUACCGGGGAUGCCCAUGCUGCCAGGAGCGCAGUUCUACGACCGUGGCAAGCGUCGCCAUCCGAGGCAGCAAACGCUGAUGCACUACCAGGGCAUCCAGAUGCUGUCGGAUCGAAGGGAACCAGAGUUAGUCGAACCCAAUGGCAUCGUGGCCGAUCCGAAGUGCCCUCCUGUGCCUGCCCAGAUCAACAGCCUGUGGGCUCCGAAGGUCACCACAAAACUGCCACCUUGGUUGGCCUACGACAAGCAGGUGCUCUGUUUCAACGCCUACUUCAAGGAGAACCUGACCGAGAUCUACCACGCCCCCUAUCAAGUGCGCAAGGUGAAGAUCUACUUUUACCUGGAGGAUGGCACCAUGCAGGUCACCGAGCCGAAGGUGGAGAACUCCGGCAUUCCGCAAGGUUGCCUGGUUCAUCGGCAAAGAAUCCCGAAGGCACCACCCACCGACAGGGAGUUCAUAUCCAUUUUCGACCUGAAUGUGGACACGGAUAUCCAGAUAUUCGAUCGGGUUUACCACAUCAGCGGAUGUGACGUGUUCACAAGGCAGUUCCUCAAUAGAGCUGGCAUCUUUGUGCCUGAUGCCCAGCAGGAGCCAUGUGAUCCCACCACGGAAAUCCGAAAACGUUCUGGCUUGAAACAAACAGCUAAUACCUGUUCUUCAGCUCUACCCAAAAAACAUUCCUUCGCUCAAUUUCUGGAGUUUGACAGAAGGGUACUGAAGUUCCAGGGCUAUUGGAAUGAUCGCAGCGAGUUUGGCGAUGUGCGGAAGUUGGAGAUCUGUUAUUACCUAGCCGAUGAUACCAUUGAUAUAAAGGAGAAAUUCCCUCGGAAUUCCGGUCGCGAAGGACCCAGUACUUUUCUGAAACGGGGAAAGCUGCCAAAGGAGUUUUCGGGACUCCCUCUGCCUGGACAACAAACUGCUAUGACCUUGCUAAAUGUUCUGGGCAACAGUAUGCGUGAUGUGCGUUACGUAGCCGACCCGUUGAACACCGGACAAAAAGAGGUUCACCACUACACCGAUCAGGAUCUGCAAAUAGGAGCUGUUCUGAAUGUUUUUGGAAGGGCUGUCGUUCUUACAGGCUGUGAUCAGUUCACGCAGAGCUACUAUAGGGAAAAGUACGGCAUUCAGGAGUUCUGCGCUCAACCAAUACCAGAGCGAAGUGACGUUCGUCCCUACACCCAGGGCGGAAUGGCAUCCCGUCGACUGCCACCCUACAAUGGCUGGGGAAGCCACGAGGAUUCCGAGGGCAACUGCAUCACCGUAGAACCAAAGCCACCGCAAGCUGAUUUCAAGAAGCUCUUCAAGUACGAUGGAUGCAUUCUGCGCUUCGGGGCCAAACUCGUUUCGGCCAUUCGAGACAAUAACGAGCGAGAUUUUGUCAUCAGUUAUUUCCUGGCCGACGAUACGGUGCAAAUCUACGAGUCGUCACGUCGAAACUCGGGCUUCUUGGGUGGCGAGUUCCUCAAAAAGGCCAGAGUUCCGUUGCCGGGUCAGGAUAUGUUUAGCUCCUCGAGACCUCAGUACUAUAGAGCCAACGACUUCUACAUAGGACGCACCAUGACUCUAAAGGAUCACAUCUUCCACAUUGUUUCGGCUGACGAGUUUACGCUUAUGUACAUGGAACAGCAUCCCAGCGAGUUCCCCGUAGCCGACAUCCGCCUGAUCAUGCAGAAGAUCCGCGAUGCAGUGCGUCCCGACUACAAGCAGUUUGUGCUGAGCUGCAAGCCGGACGGAGACCUCGGGGACUACACCACCGUGAGCUUCGAUACGCUGCGCUCCACUCUCCUGUCUUACCUGUCCAAGGAGUGCCUGCUCAACCACGAAAUAGUGACCGUGUGUCGCUACUUCUCGGCUGAGCAGGCAAUGCCUCCCAGCUGUGACAGGAAUCGAGUGCGAGCAGCGGCCCAAUUGGAGCUAAAACGAGCUUUGUGGAACGGCGUGGAGCAGCUGAACGAUCACCUGAGCCACAUCAAUCCCGCCUGCAGGCCGUACAUCAGCGAGGCUCAAGUUAGAUCGACUUUGCGUGGUUGUCGGCUGCCUUUCAGCCUUGAACUUGUGGAGGACAUCCUGAUGGUGCUGCAGCGAAAUGGUCAAAAUGAGAUCGAGGUGCGUGACUUCCUGGCCUUCUUCAACAUGCGCAAUGACCAAGUGCCGGACAUUGCGCCUCUCAACAUCGCCUUCGAGCUGUGCCCCAAGCUGCCUUUCCUGCACAAAGGCCGACUGGUGGACUUCACCUGGUUUUUGGACUAUCUCGGUCUCGAGGAGGAACUUAAGCGAGCCAACAGUUAAGAGUAGACACGGCGUAUCAAAAAUUGCAUGUAUAUACAGAAAAAUUCGUGGCAAUAUAACUUUCGGAAUGGUGAA